AUGACUCGUGUUGAGCUGAGCACAGUCAAGAAUUGUUCAGGCAAAGAGUCAGGAAUCAACAGUCAAGAGGCAACUGCGUCCGCAGUCCACCAAUUCCACACCGAAUGCAUGAACUUAGAUGUUAUCACCAACAAGAAGUGGCUCUUGCCAUUGGCCCUGUGGCCAGUGAGCCGUCUAUGCCGCAAGGCACAGUGUCUGUUGCACAAUGCGGUUCGCGCGUAUCAUCCUUCUCCUAUGAUUGCUCGGGUUUCGGCCGUUCAUCGCCCCUCCCAAAGGUAA